CUGCUCCGAUCGUUGGUUCUUUAUCAUUCUUCUUUUACCGCUUAUUCAAGAGAGAAUAGCGACGGCGACUAUAUCACCUGCCAAUAUCGAUAAAGAUAAGCAAGCCAUUGUCGCCGCUAAUCGUCGAUCCCAGGGCCAUUUUCACCAUGGCCCAAUACAAGACGCUCGAGAACCAGGAUUCCGAUGUGGAAAGUGGCCCCACCCCCGCUCCGGCCGCCCAGGACGGACAGCAAGAGCGACCGAAGCCGGUGCCGGAGAGUCCAGCGGCUGCCCAGAUGCUAACGGUGUCUGUGUUCAUGCUCCUUUUUCUCGGCUCGUCGUAUUUCCAGCCGCGGCCACGUUUCCAGCAGUGGCGUGGGGGCAGAGGUCAUGGUCUGCACGCCAAGUAUGACUGCAACAUCCAACUGGUAGAGACGAUACCUCUGAACCUGACAUAUCCUGCCGGCAGCCCGCAAUUCCUGGGUACCUAUGAGGCCUGGCUCCAGUUGCUGGACAGCGCCAAGGAAGCCUUGGACAUUGGUUCCUUCUAUUGGACUUUGAAAGAAGAGGACACGCCUGGAGUGAACGACAGCAGCACACAGCCGGGCGAGGACGUGUUCGCCAGGCUGUUGGCCAACGGAAAUGGCGGCAGUCGCACACCGAGAAUCAAGAUCCGCAUAGCCCAGAGCGAACCAUCCAGUGUGUCGCCUAAUAUGGACACCAAUCAACUGGCCAGCAACGGAGCUGCCGAGGUGGUAAGCGUGUCGUUUCCCAAGUUCUUCGGCGGCGGCGUUCUGCAUACUAAGCUGUUGAUCGCGGACAAUGAGCACUUCUACCUGGGCAGCGCCAACAUGGACUGGCGGGCCCUCACCCAGGUCAAAGAAAUGGGUGUCCUCGCCACAAACUGUCGCGCGCUGACGAUUGAUAUACGAAAGAUCUUCGAGGCCUACUGGAUUCUGGGGCACACAAAGGAUUCACGAAUUCCGAAUUGGGAUUGGAGACUCAAUACGAACUUCAACCUCAAGUCCCCCAUGCAGAUAAAUGUGAACAAGAACACCAGCAUGGAGGGUUUCAUCUCCAGCUCACCGCCACGCCUUUCGGCCUAUGGACGAACUGAUGACCUCGAUGCCAUCGUCAGCAUUAUUGAUUCGGCUAUUACCUAUGUGAACAUCGCCGUGAUGGACUAUUAUCCAUUGACCAUCUAUGAUGAGCGGCAUCACUACUGGCCCUUCAUUGACGAUGCCUUGCGUCGGGCGGCUGUGGAGCGCGGCGUGGCUGUGAAGCUGCUCAUCUCCUGGUGGAAGCACUCCAAUCCCAGCGAGGAUAAGUAUCUCAAGUCCCUGCAGGAUCUGGCCUCCAAAGAGGACAACAUCGAUAUACAAAUUCGCCGCUUUAUUGUACCCGAGAACGAGAGUCAGGAGAAGAUCCCCUACGCCCGGGUCAACCACAACAAGUACAUGGUCACCGACCGAACCGCCUACAUAGGCACCUCAAACUGGAGUGGCGACUACUUUACGAACACCGCCGGCAUUGGUCUGUCGUUGAGCGAAACCCACGAGACAGAACACACCAAGACUCUAAGGAGCGACCUGCGCGACGUCUUUGAGCGGGACUGGAACAGUGGCUAUGCUCACCUGCUGAAAUGAGCAGACAUGCUUUUUUUAUUUGUUAAUUUUACAAACUUUUAAUCUUCUACCGAAUUCAAAGUAUUCCAUCCACUCCUCACAAGUUUUUCAAUUUUAUUCAUUGCUUUUAUUCAGUUUUGAUUAUGCGUGAGAGAGUAAAUAAUGAGGGGUUCGUUGCACGACCACAUAACAGAAUAUACAAAAAAUAAUACAUGUGUACUCUGUAUGAAUAAUUGGAAUAAUGCAAGUGUAUAUAAUAUUUACAGGGAAAUAUAAACAAUAUUAUAAAGUAAA